AUGAAUAAAGAAUUAUUAAUCUAUAUCGGAUCACAGCUAUCACAAAUACGAUUAUAUCCAUUGUUCGAUAUAUGUCAUUAUCUAUUAAUUGCUAUACAAGUACGAGAUGAUAUUCAACAAUGUCAAACAGCCACACAAAAUUUUACUCGUCGUCAUCCAUUAUCAUGUUGGUUAUCAACAGUAUUACUAUGUUUUUCCGGUUCUAUUCUAACGAAUUUUCUACUUGCUGAAAGUCCAUUGAAAGACUUUAUUCACCAUCAACAUCUUCUAUUAGCUACAGUCUGUUGGUACAUUGUAUUUUAUUUUCCGUUUGAUUUUAUUAAUUAUUUAUUACGAUUUCUACCUAUUCGUCUUGUGAUUGGCAUCGGAAAAGAAAUUCGACGGACGAAAACAAUUUAUGACGGUGUUCGUCUAACUUUAUCGUUAUAUCCCGAUAGUUAUAUUAUUGUUAUACUCAUCGGAGCUAUUCGAGGUUGUGGUGAAACAAUAAUGUCUUCUAUUGAUCGAUUGAUUCGCGGUGUAUGGUUGCCUGCACAACAUGAAUUUCUUUUUCCAUCGUUUGCAACAAAAGCAUGUUUUCUUUCUUCAUUGAUAUUUUUAUUAUAUCGUAUUGAGUUAUUACGAUUUCAACAUGAAUUAAUCUAUCUAUGCGUUGCUUCAAUAUUUAUCUAUGUACGAAUAAUAACAUCGUUCUUUAAACAAUACGAUCCUUUCAUGCCAUUUGAAAAUCUUUCAUCCGGUUUAUUAUUCAAUAGUUGGAUAGACAUAAUCUCCGAUGCAUAUCGACGUGCAACUAUUAACAAUAGUUUAACAACUCCACAGAAUCUCGCAAUAUCAUCAGGUGGUCUUUCGCCGUCAAAUACUUCAAACGCAUUGAUGAAUACGAAAAAAGAUGGCUUUACUGAGUCUACUGAUUUAGUAUGGGUAUUAAUUUCAACUGUACUUGUUUGGAUUAUGAUACCGGGCAGUGGCCUGUACUCUUCAGGCAUGAUAAAACGUAAAAAUGCUCUUUUACUUUUAUGGCUAAGUCCGAUGUCUGUUUCGGUUACUACAAUUCGAUCGGGUUCUGCAUUCAUUGGCGAUUUAGCUCGUAUUACUCUGAAAAAUAUAAUCAACGAAUCACCAAUUAAUAAAACAACGAUACCAACUAUUGCUUAUUGUUUAUUUCCUCUCAUGUUUGUAUCGCAUUGGAUCCGGUCACAAAAUGGUUGGGCUCGUUCACUUGGUUCAUUAGAUCAUGCAGAUGGCGCGCCCAUACAUAUACAAGUUGGUACAUCAUCACUUGCCUAUAGUUUACUGUUUGGAAAGCGUCACGCAACUACGAAUAAUACUUCUAAACAUUCGAGUCCAAAAUAUAAAUUUUCUCUUGCUAGAUUUUGUAUGGGUUCAAUUGCUGGUCUUGUUUGUAUUACACCUGGUUCUGGUUAUGCUAGUAUACCUGCAUCAGUGGUACUUGGUACUUUUGGUAGUACAUGUGUCUAUUUCGGACGAAAAAUAACCACCUAUUCUUCAAAUUGA